AUGCGCAUGCGCAUCGGUUAAGUAAAUCGAGUGCGAACAGCCAGAGUUCCAUAUGCAACCCCAGGACCAAAAUCCAUUAUGAUCAGGCUUUUCAAGAUUAUUAUAGGGAGUGGUUUCGCUGUUGUUCUAAUUUUGAUUGCAAUAGUGUCAAUUAGAACUCUGUCGCUGGACGUCAAUGCAGGACUUCAACUCGCACACUGGGAAAAAACUAGCAAUAUCUCUCUUGACAUAGAUGACCAGAAGCGAGAGGAAGUUAUAUCAAAAUUUAAAGAGGCUAUUCGCAUCCCGACUGUGUCUUUCUCGAGCACGGAGAUCAACACUACGGCACUGGUUCGCUUCAACUUGCUUCUGCAAAGAGCCUUCCCGACGAUUUUCUCAUCAAACUUGGUACACCAUGAAUUGGUGGCCAACUACAGCCACCUAUUUUGGGUCCCGGGAUCGCAGUCCAACCUGAUGCCAUACCUGAUGUUGGCUCAUAUCGAUGUGGUGCCUGCCACAGAGUCAGAUGGCUGGGUGGUUCCACCAUUUUCUGCCCAGGAGAUAGAUGGGUUCAUCUAUGGUAGGGGGACUAUAGAUGACAAGAGCUCUCUAAUGGGAAUUCUUCAAGCCCUGGAAUACCUGCUGAUUAAAGGUUAUGCACCACGCAGAGGGUUUUACAUCGGCCUCGGCCAUGAUGAAGAGAUCAGUGGCUACAAAGGGGCCAUGAGCAUCGUACGACUGCUGCAGCAGCGUCAUGUACAACUGUCAUUUGUCCUGGAUGAGGGUUUAGCUGUACUAGAUGGGGUCAUCAGUGGUCUCAAAGGACCUGCUGCUUUAAUUGGGGUAAGUGAAAAAGGCUCUGCCACUGUAAAGCUGAGUGUGUCCACUCCUCCUGGUCAUGCAUCAAUGCCUCCAAGGGAGAGCAGCAUCGGGAUUUUGGCUGCGGCAGUCAAAAGGCUAGAGGAGAACCCGAUGCCCAGGUUGUUUGGUUAUGGACCUGAACGUGCAACCUUUGAACACUUGGCACACAAGUUUAAUUACCCAAUGAAGUUCAUAUUGUCAAAUUUAUGGCUGUUUUCUCCACUCAUUGGCAGAUUUCUUGAACAAAAACCAGACACUAACGCGUUUGUGAGAACAACUACAGCGGUCACCGUCUUUAAUGGUGGCGUUAAGACAAAUGUUCUUCCGUCCCUUGCUGAAGCCUAUGUGAAUCUACGAAUUCACACGGCGCAAUCAUUACAAGAGGUCCUGGACCUCAUCCAGUAUACGGUUGGGGACCACCGUGUAAAUAUAGAGCUAAUUGAAGGCUUUGAUCCUUUACCGGUCAGUUCAUCUGAUGAGACAUCUUACGGCUUCCAAAUAAUCAAAAAAACAGUGUUGGACAUGUUUCCGACAGUAGUAGUCGCUCCAGGUAUAUGCGUCGGGAAUACGGACAGUCGUCACUUCAAAGCUCUGACCACCGAUAUUUACCGCUUUAUCCCUUUGUGGUUUAAACCAGGCGAUGCAAAGAGAUUCCAUGGCAUUAAUGAAAGAAUAUCCAGAAAGAACUACGAGGAGCUUAUUCUCUUCUACUCCAGAUUGAUCCAAAACUGUGACAUUCAGAAACUUCCUGAGCCUCACACCACUCUUCAUGAACUCUAAAAUGUAGCAAGGAAAGUUAUAUCCUUUGACCAAGUCAUCAUAUAUUAACUUAAAGUAAAUAUUAUUUGAUUAAAACUACUGUGACGGACAUUUCUCUGUCAAAUGAAACUGUUCCCUACUUUGGAACUUUGGAAAUGCUGGAAUGUGAUAUUUAAAUGAUGAUUUUAUGAUUGUGGUAUUUGAUAAAAGUGUAUAUGUUAAGUUUUGCAACACCUUAUUAUUAUUAGUAUUUGCACUGUAAUAUUUACACUGGUACAAUGGGCACUUAUUAAGUAUGAUUCAGUACAGUAGUCAUGUAUUACAAUAGUUCAAUAUAACAUUCACCACAAGGUGUCAUCCAAAUACAGGUUUCUCUCAUUGGAGUUAAGUUAUUGCAAUGCAGUAGGAUUGCAGGAUAGUAAUUUUUUCUGGUAAAACAACAAAAAUGUGAUUUCUAUUUAUCAAGAGUAAAAAUUUUAUAUAAUGUAUUUUUUAUGCUGCACGGUGGGCGAGUAGUUGCCGUGUUGACCAAACAGUCAAGAGAUUGGGAUGACCUGGGUUAAAUUCGCCGCUUGGUCAGAAUUCCCUAUCCGGGGGAUAGGCUCCAGCAACCCUAGUGAGAAGUGGCAUAAAAAAUGAUGGAUGGUAUUUUUUUUACAUUAUUAAUUUUACACAAUACAUUACAAUAUUACUGUGGUUAUCACAGCUACGAGACACAAGUUCAA